CUUUAAAGAUUUCCUUGGCUUAAUAAUAUGUUUGCCUGCCAGAGCAAUAAUCCUUGUCACCAUAAAACACAGAGUGAAGGUGAGCUAGAUUCUCUCUCUCUCUCUCUCUCUCUCUCUCUCUUUCAGUAUGUGUGUGUGUCAUGUGUGUGCGCAGUUGCAUAAAUAGCGCUCCAUGCUAUUAUUUCUGUCAAGGUGAGAAUGGCAUUACAAUGGCAACUUGUAAUGGUGGUGCUGCUACUGCACGAGGUGAAGGGGACCCAGGUAAAGCUCAAUAAUGGUGGGUUUGAAGACAUUGUCCUUGCAAUUAACCCCGGAUUAUCGGAAAAUCCCAAGAUGGUUGACAAUAUAAAGGUAAGAUUACUAAAUGCUUUUCCUAUAAAAGUUGAGUAUCUCUUGGAUCCAGAAGUGUUCCACAUUCUGGAUAGUUUUCCGAGUUUGGAAAAAUGCAUGUAUAUUAAUGAGAUAUCUGAAAGAUCAGACCCCAAUCAGAAUAUGAAAUUUAUUUAUGAUAUGGUUGAAGAAGCUUCUUCUUACCUCUUCAAUGCUACAAAGCAAAUAUUUUAUUUCAAGACAGUAAAAGUUGUCAUUCCUAUCACAUGGACACCCAAACCUGAAUACCGAAGAGUAACCAAAGAAUCCUAUGAAAAAGUGAGUGAAAUGCACUGCUGCUGUGCUGAUGUGAUUGUGGCAGAUCCUUUUGUGAAAUAUGGCGAUGAACCCUACACUUUGCAGUAUGGUGGAUGUGGGGAAAAGGGACGCUACAUCCACUUCACACCUAAAUUCAUGACAAAUGACAAUUUAAUCAGUGUUUAUGGAUCACGAGGUAAUACAUCUUAUUUAAAUAUCUGCUUAAGAGUGGUAGAGUUUGCGGUUUUACUUUUGUUGUUUUUCACAGGCAGAGUCUUUGUCCAUGAAUGGGCCCAUCUCAGGUGGGGCCUCUUUGACGAAUACAACAAUGACGCACCUUUCUAUUCUGUUGGUAACAAUAAGGCAGAAGCAACAAGGUAUAAGCCUAACAGUGUAUAUUUAAAUGAAACAAAAGUUUUUGAGUUCUAUGAUUUAGCAUUGUUGGAGAGUUUGGGACCAAAGGUUUAUUUAUCCAUCUUGUCCAUAUGUUCAUCUGACUUCACUGGUAAAUACAUUUUUCGAACUAAUGAAGGACAAAUCAGAGCAUGCAAUAUUGAACACCAUACUCAACUUUUUGAGGUUGGAUGUGAAUUUAUUCCAGAGAAAACACAAACUACUCCAGCAUCGAUAAUGUACAUGCAAAGUCUCAGUUCAGUAAGUAGGAUAAAUAUCACAUGUUCUUACAAUCUUGACUUGCUUUUCUUAUAUUUUAUUCAGGUUACUCAGUUCUGUGAUGAGAGCAACCAUAACAUAAAGGCACCAAAUAUGCAGAAUAAAAUGUGCAACUAUAGAAGUACCUGGGAUGUCAUUAUGGACUCAACAGACUUUGCAAGUUCGUCUCCAAGAAGUGCUCCUCCACCUCGCCCCACAAUCUCCUUGCUGCAAACACAGGACAGAGUUUUGUGUCUCGUGCUUGAUAUUUCUGGGAGUAUGAAUGGGUUUGAUCGCAUUUAUCGACUGAGGCAAGCUGGAGAACAGUUCCUCCUACAGAUUCUUGAAACAGGUUCCUGGGCUGGAAUUGUUGUCUUCAAUAGUCAAGCCUUAACGAAGACGUAUUUGAAACAGAUUACUGGUGAUAGUGUCCGCCAAACUCUUUCAGCUUAUCUGCCAACUGCAGCAGGUGGAGGAACCAACAUAUGCUCUGGAAUCCGUGAGGGAUUUCAGGUAUUUUUAAAAAAAUAUCCAAGUACAGAAGGCUGUGAAAUUGUGCUCUUGACUGACGGGGAAGAUGCAGGUGUAAGCUCUUGCUUUGCUGAAGUUCAAAGGAGUGGAUCUAUAAUUCAUACCAUUGCUUUGGGGCCAAGUGCUGCAAAAGAACUAGAAAUGUUGGCAGAUAUGACAGGAGGCUUGAAAUUUUCUGCCACUGACAGUUUGGAUUCCAAUGGCCUCAUAGAUGCUUUCAGUGGGAUUUCAUCUGGAAGUGGAGAUAUCAGUCAACAAUCUAUUCAGCUUGAAAGUAAAGGACGACAGCUAGAUCGCAAUAAAUGGAUGUAUGGAUUUGUAUCCAUUGACAAAACUGUGGGGAAUGACACUUCCUUUGUAGUCACAUGGAGUGACAGCACAUAUCCUCCAAGAAUUGAUUUGUCAGAUCCCAAAAGAAAAACCUACACUCAGACAGACUUUGUAAUUGAUAACACCAACAUCCGAACAGCUCGACUCAAGAUUCCUGGAACUGCAGAGAUUUCUGGGAGUUGUAGGCCAAAACAUCUGGGGACCCACAGGUUGAGAACCACUGACAUAGAUGGUUGGCUUAACUACAAGGACUACAGCUAUUCUAAUAAAUGGUUGUGCCACUGCUGCUUAAAUAGCACAACUGCUUCUACAUUUAGGGAGAAACUAUUUAUUUCCAGAAGUUCUAUAUGUAUCAAUUUUUAUUUUUAUAUAUUCCAGACAGGAGACUGGACUUACAGAAUUCUGAAUACACACACAGAAGUGCAAGGGGUGUCCAUAACAGUCACCUCCCGAGCAGCAUCUGCAACUGUGCCUCCAGUGGUGGUGAAAUCUUAUCUGAAUAGAGAAAGCAACAUGUAUCCUAAUCCAGUAGUCAUUUAUGCAGAAGUCAGCCAAGGGUUUAUGCCUGUGAUCGGUGCAAAUGUCACAGCCAUCAUUGAAUCAGCAUCUGGAAAAUCUGUCCAGCUCCAGCUCCUUGAUGAUGGUGCAGGUCCUGAUAUUCUGAAACAUGAUGGAAUCUACUCAAGGUAUUUCACAUUUAAUGAUAAUGGCAGAUACAGCAUAAAGAUCUAUGCCCAAGGAAAAGACGAGACCGUCAGAAGGGCCCGUAGGCAGAGCCAAGCUCUCUAUGUAACAGGUUAUGUAGAAAAUGGAGAGAUAAAACUAAAUCCACCAAGGCCUCACCCUCGUGAGGAUGAAAUCCAGGCAAAUGUGGGAAAUUUCAGUAGAACAGCAUCAGGGGGUUCUUUUGUCACGACUGGCGUGCCUCCUGGGAAUCCACCAGAUGUCUUCCCUCCCUGUAAAAUCACGGACCUUGAGGUUGAACUCAGCAAAGAUAAGGAAUUCCUUUUGUCCUGGACAGCGCCUGGGAAUGAUUAUGAUAUGGGGAAAGCUGAAAGAUAUGAAAUAAGAAUGAGUGAAAACCCCUUGGAAUUAAGGGAUGCUACCUUCCAUAAUGCCACGUCUUUGAACACAUCUGGUCUGAUACCUGAAUUUGCUGGGGUCAAGCAGUCCUUUCUGUAUAAUCCAGAAAACCUCCAAAGAGAAAAUGCCACCUCUAUCUACUUUGCCAUCCGUGCCAUUGAUGAGAAUGACAAUGUUGGAGAAACAUCUAACAUAGCCGGAGUGGUUUUGCUUCCAGAUAACACAAGCCCGAAUAGUUCUUCUGACAAACAUAUGCCUCCCUGCAUUGUCAAAGCCACCUUACUAUUGUUUCUAAUAAUGAAAACAGUAACACUGGCACCAUAAUGGAGAUCUGAGUUAAGUGUUACUGUAAUUAUUGGUUCUGUUUAAAGCACAACAAUUCAUAUUUUACCUGUCUGAAAAAGAAUGAUGUUCCAAGACCAGAGUGUAAUGACAAGAAUAAUCAUGUUGAACAAUGCAGUUGUGGUUUAUUCAUUCAGUCGCUUCUGACUCUUCAUGACCUCAUGGACCAACCCAUGCCAGAACUCCCUAUCGGCUGUCGCCACCCCCAGCUUCUUUAAGAUCAAACCAGUCACUUCAAGGAUACCAUCCAUCCAUCCACCCAGCCCUUGAACAAUGCAGUAUAAACUGCCUAUCUGUAGAUAUACCUUCAUGAAUGUAUUGUGAAAACAGAAAACUGUGGAUAAUAAUGAACCCUAUAGAAAUAUAUUAUUUGUUCUGGAAGUUAGCCCAAAGUUGCCCUGGAGGAGCUGUAAAAUUCCUAGAGAAGUAUUCUCCCUAGGAAUUUGCUAGGUUUCCCAACACAACUCUACGGUACCUUUUAGUGAAAGCACAUCAGAGCAAAUUAAUCAAAUGAAAAGCACACGGGCUGAAUCUGGCUACCUUGUCUUUUUAUGUGGCCUGCAAGGCUUUCAAUGACAGGGCAACAGAGUUACAUUUAUACAAUCUUAGAAUUAAAACUGGUCCUUUGAAGGCAACCAUAUGGCUGAUGAGGCCUAGAUGAGUGGUUCUCAACCUAUGGGUCCCCAGGUGUUUUGGCCUACAACUCCCAGAAAUCCCAGCAAGUUUACCAGCUGUUAGGAUUUCUGGGGGUUGAAGGCCAACACAUCUGGGGACCCACAGGUUGAGAACCACUGUCCUAGAUGAAAAUGAAUUUGACACCUCUGAUCAAGAGAAUCUAGAAAAUGUGUAGAGAGGACACAUUUUGUUAGAUAUGGGUAUGUGAAAUCAUGGGUAUUGGUUCCACAGGUAUGGGGGGUGUACUGUACUGUAUUACAAAUCUACUGCUGAGUGGGCAUCUAUACAAAGCCAUUUGUUAAACCUGAAUUUAGCCUAAUCAAAUUUAAACUAAAAUGCAGGCUUCCAAAUUUAUUGCAAAAUUGAUGAGUGGAUGAAUAUGUUCCUGCCCAUACUCUACCCACCUAAGUACUUUUAUUCUUCAACCAGUUUAAAUCCUGAGUGAAUGCUGCUGCUUGAAGAACCCGAGAUAAAGACGAGGGUGUAAACAGAGAAAACAAUAAAUGAGAUAGACAUAGACUUAAAUAAUUAAGACUGGCACUGCCAUAGCUACUUUGGCUUUUACAUUAAAUCACUGCAGGAUCUUCAAGAUUUCCACCAGAGUGUCUCCUUGGGAUAUUAUGAUUAUUCUUCUUUGGCAUAUGGGGAGUCUUUCUACUCGUAUUUGGAUUGGGGUCUAUUUUCCUGUCAAGUAUUCAAUGCUUUUCAGAAAACCAAAUGGGGGGAAAAGAUUGGAGGAAGUUUCUACCUGGGUUGGUAUAUAAAUAUCUCUCCACUUCCAUUUCCUCCCAGGUAUUUAAUUUCCAGCAUCUUUAUGGAAGAUAACAACCUGUGAAGUUUUAUCCAAAAUAAUUGUGGCGUACUGUAUUUUUAGGUUUUUUUAAUUCAAAGGCCUGCAAUGAAUUAAAUAUUUCACUUUUUCAAUAUUUUACUGGGUUUGGAUUAAGAGCAGAUGCUGAUGUCCCAGUGUGGCUUUUUUUUACUGCUUUUGAACAGCUUGAUGUGUUCAGAUUAUCAAAUUAAAACAUUUUCAAACUCCAUUGGAAAACCCUUAUUCCUUUCUGAGGUUAUUUUUGAUUUAGAACACCUACAAUAUGUACAUUUAAAAAAAAAAGUUUUUCUGACCACCAGUUUUGCAAGCCUGUAUUGUGUACUGAAUGUGCUAUGAUGGCAUGCUUUUAACAGAUGUAUUUGUUAAUUUUUUUCACUUUUAUAAGAUUUGUAAUGGAACAUUGUUUUAUAUAGUUGUAAGCCUUUUUGGGUCCUGUUCCAGGACAAAGGUGAGUUCGAAAUAAAAUAAAAUAAAGCUAAGAGGUUGAAAAACAUU